AUGUUGGAACAAGUUGACGACAACAGUAGUAGCAGUGCUACCGAAACCUCUCGCCCAAAUCUGGUAAUCUUCAUGCCAGACCAGCUACGCUACGACUCGCUGAGCUGUUUCGGAAAUCCCCAUGUUCACACACCCAACAUCGACGCUUUCGCCACUCGCGGGACCAAAUUCACCAAUUGCUACCUACAAGCCACAGUCUGUUCACAGAGCCGUUGCUCCCUAUAUACCGGACAGUACCCGCAUGUAUCAGGCCAUCGCAGUCUAAAUAAUCUGAUCAAACCCUGGGAGCCUAAUAUGUUCCGUGCGCUCAAGGAAAGCGGCUACCACGUUGCAUGUCUGGCGCCUAGGGGGGAUACAUUCGCACCCACAGUCACAGAGCUGAGUGUGACCGAGUACGGCUUUUUGGUACCGCCAGAGGACAUGCCACAAUUUGCAGCAGGGAGCGCACCAAUAGUUUCCGAGAAUAUCUGGGACCGGUUGUUCUACAGAGGUCUGCGAGGCCAGGACAAGGCUGUUGACUAUGAUGAGGCUGCAGUGCAGUCUGCCAUCAAAUGGUUGGAGCAUCCUCCCCAGGGCCCGUGGGUGCUCUAUCUGCCAUUGAUAUUCCCGCAUUGUCCGUUCCAAGUUGAGGAACCAUUCUUCUCAAUGUACGAUCGGGCGAAGAUGCCAGUGCCAUCCAAGCCGAAGAACAAGACAGGCUACGAGCCACGGUAUUUUGAAGAGAAUCGGAAGCGAUAUGGUACAGAGCGGGCGACGGAUGAAAUUUGGGCUGAGAUUAUUGCCACGUACUACGGCAUGAUUUCCCGUCUUGAUGAGCAGUUUGGGCGGGUCAUGGAAGCGUUGACAAGCUCGGGAUUGUCUUCGAACACGGUCACCAUGUUCUACACGGAUCAUGGGGAGUACCUGGGAGACCAUGGCAUGAUCGAGAAAUGGCCCAGCGGAGUAUCGGAAGUCCUUGCUCGUGAGCCUCUCAUUAUCGGCGGUGCUGGGUUGCCAGCAGGGGAAACAAACGAUGAUAUCUGCGAGAUGGUGGAUCUUCUUCCCACAAUCCUUGAAUUGUGCAAAGUCCAAGAAUCGUUCCCACAUAACGGUGUAUCCCUGCUCCCGACCCUCCUUCGCAAAUCAAAGCAUCCUAAACAGUAUGCAUAUACCGAAGGAGGGUUCCUCAAGUCGGAAGAACCACUCCUCGAACAAGCGCCGUAUCCGUACGAUAUCAAGUCACUUCUGCAGCAUGAAGAUACCGAAAUUGUUGGGAAGGCAGUUGCUAUGAGGAGUGUUGAUUGGACGUAUGUCUAUCGGCUGUACGAGCCGACUGAGUUGUACAACAGAAAGACUGACCUCGCAGAGCUUCAUAACCUCGCUGCUGAUCCGAUGUAUGGUCAUAUCGUUCAAGAAAUGCAGGGGGAGAUGUUCCAGUGGAUGGUGCAGACGUCUGACUUUCUUCCUUUUCAGAAGGAUGCUCGAUUCCCUCCUGUGGAACUUGAGAGUCCGGAGGAGCAGUAUAAUAGGAGGGUCCAGGCAGCCUGA